AUGCUCCCAAGACUGGACCUCGCCGCCGUUUGGCUGGCAGCCACGGCUUCUGUUGCUUCGGCCCAGACCUACCGCAGAUUCGGCACCUGCCCUUCGCUGGGCUGCGUGAUCCCGCCAGACCAGCAAGAUUUCUUGCCUGGCCAGGAGUUCGACAUUCGUUUCGAGGUUCACGCCCCCAAGAACGGAUCCGAGGCAUUCAACAAUGGUGUCCCCGACGAGAAGUUCACGGCGACCAUCUCGAAAGAUGGUGGACGUCCGCGAAGCAUCGCCGACUUCUUCAAGAUCCGCUCUGAGCCCUCGCUUGAGAAGUGGACUUUCUCCUGGUUCGAGGACCUGUUCGCAGAGGACGCAAAGACCCCCUCUGUGGUCAAUGUCGCUUCCAAGGCGUACCGUCGUGUGGCGCUGUACGAGCCUGGAACCUACACGGUGACGCUCAACUACUUUUCGGGCAAGAAGACUACGGCGGAAUGGACUGUUCGUCCUUUGGCUACCAAGAAGAAGGCCAAGAACGUCAUCUUCUUCAUUGGCGACGGCAUGACGACCAACAUGAUUACGGCCGCCCGCCUGCUUGCACACAAGACGGUCAACGGCAAGUAUCAGACCUUGCUCUCGCUCGACGAUUUCCCGGUUCUGGGACACCAAAUGACACACUCGAUCGACACCUUCAUCACUGAUUCGGCAAACUCCGCCUCGGCCUUGUACACCGGUCACAAGAGCACUGUCAAUGCCCUCGGUGUCUAUGCCGACACCUCCCCCGAUCCUCAAGAUGACCCCAAGGUCGAGACCAUCGUCGAGAUGUUGUUCCGCAUCUGGGGCUCCGCAUGGGGCGCCGUCUCGACUGCCUUCAUUGCCGACGCCACGCCGAUUGCCCUCUCAGGCCACUCCCGUCUCCGCUCCCAGUAUGGCGUCCUCAUCGACCAGACCCUCAACGGCGUGCAGAACUACUCGUGGACCAAGACCGACGGCCCCGAUGCCUACUUUGGUGGCGGUGCCGACCAGUUCAUUGCUGGCCCAGGGUCUUACCAGGGCAAGGACUACUAUGCCGAGUUUGCCAAGAAGGGCUACAGCGUCAGCUUGAACAAGACUUCCCUCUUGUCUGCCCCCAAUGACAAGAAGGCUCUGGGCAUCUUCUGCAAGAACAACCUUCCGGUCUGGAUCGAUAGGCACAUCUUCCCCGAGAACCUUGAGAUCAACAACGACCCCACUGGCGCCGCCAAGCCUGCGAAGGACCUGCCCGGUCUGAAGGAGAUGACGCUCAAGGCUGUUGAUAUCCUGCACAACCGUGGCGGCAAGGAGGGCUUCUUCCUCAUGUCGGAGGCGGCUAGCAUUGACAAGCAGAUGCACGCGCUGGACUAUGACCGUGCCCUGGGUGAUCUUUUGGAGCUGGAUGAUACCAUUCGCGCCACUAUCGAGAAGCUCAAGAAGUUGAGGAUCUUGGAUGAUACUCUGAUCGUUGUGUCUGCCGACCACGGUCAUGGUUUCGAUGUCUUUGGCAGCUCGGACACCAAGUAUGCCGAGGCCCAGGAGGACGAACGCAGCAAGAGGAAUGCCAUUGGAGUUUACCAGAACUCUGGCUUGUCGCAGUACACGGAGCCCAAGCCUGGUGUUAGCUAUGGCACUGGUGCCAACUUCCCCAUGAACUGGGACCCCCGCUACGUCCUCGCUGCUGGCGUUGGUGCCGCUCCGGAUCGUCGUGAAGAUUUCGGAAUCGGUGCCACUCCUCGUGCUCCCACCACUUCGAGAGGUGGCGAGGCUUAUGUGAACGACAAGGAUAGGCCCAAUGGCUUUGUCGUCAACGGCACCCUUCCGACCAGCGAGAGCCAGGGCGUGCACUCGCUCACUGACGUGCCUGUGUACGCUCGGGGUCCGUGCCAGGAGACAUUUGGCGGCACUUACAGCAACAUUGAUGUGUUUUACAAGAUUGCCAACUGCUUGGGGUUGGCACAUGGGAGAAACGUGACUGAGGGUGCCGGAAAGAGACAUGGAAAGGGCAAGGGCAAGGGAAGGGACUAG